ACAACACAUUAAACAUUCACUAAUUUCAAUUACUGUGUUAUAAGAAAAAUCUUAAUCCCACCAGUUUUAGUUACGCCACGAUCACCUCUCUUCUUAAUUUAUUUAUAAUUUAUUCCUCUCCUUGUGCUCAAGUACUAAAACCGACCCGAUUUACUUCUCUCUCAACAACACGCAUACAAGAAAGAAAGAAAGACAGACAGACGGGUGCAUUGGGUAAUAGAGAGGCGAUCUUUCUUUCUUUCCUUUUUUCGCUAUUCUCCAAUGGCUAUAACUCAGCCAAUAUUGUGUGUACUUCGUUAGUUGCUGAUAUUUUUUAAGAGUGUUUUCUUUUUUGGAGAUUUUUUCUGAGAGAGAGAUGCAGUUGCAGAAACGAAAAUGGAAGGCGGUGGUGGUGAUGAGGAAGAUGCUAACCUGCGCCAUAUGUACAAUAACUAUGAUUGCACUUCUUUCCGUACAUGUACAAGUGUUCCCUUCUUCCAGUGUUCCUGCCUUACCUGAUCUCAAGUUCCAAACUACUACCUCUACUUCUCAGCAUGAUCAAGAACAAAGCUGGAGCAGAGAGCCAACUCCGCCCCAUUUAUCGAAACCACCUCAACCUUCUAGCAAGUUGGAUGGUGAUGCCAAAGGGAACUCUAAUUUCACCAAGCUAUGGAAGCCUCCUCCCAAUCGCGAUUAUCUUCCUUGUGUAAACCCUACCUCUAAUUAUACUAAUCCUGCGGAAUCAAGAGGUUACCUUCUAGUUCAUACAAAUGGUGGUCUCAAUCAGAUGCGAGCUGGGAUUUGUGAUAUGGUAGCUGUUGCCCGUAUAAUAAAUGCCACUCUUGUAGUUCCAGAACUUGAUAAAAGGUCAUUUUGGCAAGACUCCAGCAACUUUUCAGAUGUUUUUGAUGAAGAUCAUUUUAUUGAUGCUCUAGCCAAUGAUGUAAAUGUCAUUAAAAAGCUUCCUAAGGAAAUGGCUAGCGCUGCUAAAAUAGUUAAGCAUUUUAGAAGCUGGUCUGGAAUGGACUACUACCAAGGGGAGAUAGCAAGCAUGUGGGAAGAUUAUCAGGUUAUUCGAGCUGCCAAGUCUGACUCUCGCCUGGCAAAUAACAAUCUCCCUCCAGAUAUUCAGAAGUUGCGCUGUCGUGCUUGUUAUGAAGCCUUGCGUUUUGCACCUCGAAUUGAAGCGAUGGGAAAAAUAUUGGUGGAGCGGAUGAGGUCCUAUGGUCCCUAUAUUGCUCUUCAUUUACGAUAUGAAAAGGAUAUGCUUGCUUUUAGUGGAUGUGCACAUGGUUUAUCCAGUUCUGAAGCCGAUGAAUUAAAAAAGAUCAGAGAAGAGACUGCACACUGGAAAGUGAAGGAGAUUGAUUCCAGGGAGCAGAGAUCCAAAGGUUAUUGUCCCUUGACUCCAAGGGAAAUUGCCAUGUUUCUUAGUGCUCUUGGAUUCCCCUCAAACACCCCCAUAUACAUUGCCUCAGGAGAGAUAUACGGAGGUGAUACUCACAUGGCUGAUCUGCAAUCCCGCUACCCCAUUUUAAUGAGCAAGGAAAAGUUGGCAUCUGUUGAGGAGCUUGAACUGUUCAUUAAUCACGCAUCUCAGAUGGCAGCACUCGACUAUAUUGUGUCUGUUGAAAGUGAUGUGUUUAUUCCAUCACACUCUGGAAACAUGGCGAGAGCAGUUGAAGGUCAUCGUCGUUUUAUGGGACACAGAAAAACAAUAUCUCCAGACAGGAAAGCACUUGUCCAUUUGUUUGACAAAAUUGAGCGAGGAAAAUUAAAAGAAGGUGAAAACUUAUCAAAGCAGGUCAUCGAACUUCACAGAAGACGGCAAGGAUCCCCAAGGAAGAGAAAAGGCCCCAUCUCAGGGACUAAGGGAAUGGAUAGGUUUCGCUCAGAAGAAGCAUUUUACGUAAAUCCUUUACCAGAUUGUUUGUGUCAUAGGCAAUCAAAAAAUUUGAACACCUCAGUGGCAAUCAGGUAGUUUAGAUGCUGAAGAAGAAUUAUUUCCCUUAAGAAAAGGUUUCCUGCAAUGGCAGGACGCUGAAAAAUUGACAAGACUUUGUCUAUUGAAGCUUUUGGAAACUGGUUGUGCGAUUGUAAAGAACUAGGGAUGCGGAUUCUGUACAUCUUGAGUUUAGAUAGAGGGGGGGACAUGGUGGAGGAAUAGGUAAGGAUGAACUUUAUUUGACUGCAAGAAAGAAGGGAGAAAUGGAAAAGGAGAGGGAGGGAGAAAUAGAAUACCUGAUGUCAGGGUUUUCCAUUCUAUAGGGAAGAAAUAUUGGAAGUGCUUGGGGAAGCUGGCCUAUUGGCAUAAAGGGUUCGUUCUUUGGGGAUGCUACUUCUGUAAUACUGCUAAUUCCAGUAAUAUUGUUUCCCUGUUUCUUCUUUCUCGUGUAUUUAUCAUUCAUGGUCAAUCAAUGCAAAUUCAUGAUUAACCAAUGCAAUAAAAAUGGAGCUUUUAUUUCAAA